UAAAUAUAUUGGGCCGGGCUGAUAGUAGGCCAUGAUGAAGUUUUCUCUUCUUCACCCAUCUUCGCGUGUAGACCUUUUUGUUCUAAAACCCCAGUGCCAAAAAUCUCCAAAGCAUGAACCGGGUUUCAAUCUCAGACCGACAAAUUGAACCGUUUGAUAUCUCUUGAACCGAAAAUAAACCAAAAACCGGAUUAGGUAUUUUUAUUGGAAUUUGGAAGAAAAGCCCGCCAGCUUUGUCACUGGUGGGUCUCUCUGCUCCCGGCGGAUCGACGCCGUCCUUUUAUCCACUCUCUACAGCUUUUUCUCAAGUGUGUCUCUGGCUGCUUAGUUCCUAUAGCUUUGCUAGAAAUUGAAAAUUCCAAUAGCCCCUAAUCCCAAUAACCUCGGAAUGUCGGAAAUGGCGAGUGACGAGGAAGAAAAUAUCAUUCCUUUCCAGCUCCAGUUCGACAAGCCCAUACCUUUUCAGAUUAAGAUAGCUGAGUGGAACCCGGAGAAGGAUUUACUGGCAAUGGUUACUGAGGACUCAAAGAUUUUGCUGCAUCGCUUCAAUUGGCAGAGAUUAUGGACUAUUUCGCCUGGAAAGCCUGUUACUUCUUUAUGUUGGCGUCCUGAUGGUAAAGCCAUAGCUGUUGGGCUUGAGGAUGGAACCAUUGCGCUUCACGAUGUUGAGAACGGGAAGCUAUUAAGGAGCUUGAAGCCUCAUUCUGUAGCUGUCGUGUGUCUUAACUGGGAGGAAGAUGGACAAUCCAAUACCGAUGAAAGUGAUAAUUUCUCAGUUUAUGAGGACCGGACCUCCCGUUUCUUCCCUCCUGCUCCAAGAGCUCCGAAGAUACCUGGACUGGUAGCUGGUGACUCCAGUUUCAUGGAUGACGGUGAAGACUCUUUGGCAGAACUAUCUAAUACCUCAUUCCGGAAGUUUAACAUUCUUUGCAGUGGUGAUCGUGAUGGGAGCAUAUGCUUCAGUAUAUUUGGAAUAUUUCAGAUAGGGAAGAUUAACAUACACGAGCUGUUUGUUUCUGUGCCCCAUCUGGAUGAGCAUGCCUCUUGCAAACUAUUUAAUGCUUCUAUUUACAAGGUUGCUUUGUCGAAAGACCUCUGCCGUCUGGUAGUAAUGUGCACAGGAGAGCUUAGGGAUUGUGCUAUAAAGCCAAGAGAGGAAAAAUUAAAUGUUGAAGAUCUGCCUGGUUUACAUUGCCUUGCAAUGGACACAUCUAUAUUUUGGAAGAGGAAAUAUGAGCUUCAUCAGGUUGCUCAACAAGCUUCUAACAUUGAAGAUUUGACUGAGGUUAUUCGAGCAUCCCUGUCAGUUAUGAGCAAACAAUGGGCGGAUGCAAUGAAAACUUUUCAUGACAAGUUUCAUUCGCUUUCCACGUUGAUCAUUGAUAAUGGACUGGAGUCAUCUCCUCAAGAAGAGUUUCUUAGCCUUUUGGGUGGUGCACGGAUAAGUCCAGCGCUUAAUCAGUUUUUAGUUAACUCUCUUGGUGAAGUGGGUGUGAAGCGAGUUUUAAAGUCAGUAUGUGGUACAGGAAAAGAGCUUCAGCAGAUUGUCCUUGACCAUCUUCAGCCUGCAGCAGAAAUUAUAGGAUUCAGGAUGGGUGAAUUAAGAGGUCUCUCGAGGUGGCGUGCACGUUACCAAGGCAUUGGUUUGGAUGAGAUACUCCUUAAUGAAGCCACUGAAAAUACUGGUCUUCUACUUGUACAAGUGCAACGGUUUAUGAUGGUACUAUCUUCUGUUGUCCAACAGUUUUCAAAUUUCUUCAACUGGCUCGUCAGAAGCAUAAAGUAUCUUAUGCAAGAACCAAAUGAUCAGCUUUUGUCAUACAACAGUGAACUCCUUGUGGUAUUCUUGAAGUUCUUAUAUGAUCAAGAUCCUGUGAAAGACCUCUUGGAGCCAUCUGAAGCUGGUGAUGACAUUGAAAUUGAUCUCAAAACCAUAGGAAGAGUCAAAGAGUUACUUCAGUUUGGAGGGUUUUCAGAGUGUGACUUUCUGCAGAGGACAUUGGCUAAGGAAUUCCAACAUAUGGAGUCUAGCUUCAAGAUGGCUCUUCAAAUGCCCUUUACAACAAUAUCAAGAAAGAUAUCAUGUAUGAAGUGGUUGCCGCUUUGCCCUCUUCAGUUGUCAACAACGGAAACUCCUCCCACAAUUCCCAUGUCUCUUUCCUUCUAUAAGAAUGAACUUUCUGAUGAUUCACCUUGUCAAAGUGGGUACACUGAUUACAUAUCUUUUCAAGUCCCCAAUGAAACCUUCUCAGAGAUUUUGAACUGUAUUGGCAUAGCUAAAGGUUUUAAGCAGAACUCCAACAAUGAGAAAAAUGGUUAUACUUCUCUGGAAGCUGUUUUGUUAUCUGUACCUAAUGGCUACACUUGUGUUGAUUUGUCUCUCUACAAGGAUAAAGAACUGGUUUUAUUAUUGAAUAAGACAAGUGCAGAUUCCGAAGGCUCGGGAGAAGCAUGCAUGAUGGUUGUACAAACUUGUGACCUUCCAUUCAUUUCCAUUUCAAGAUCUAGUUCUCUAAACCAGUGGGAGAUAGAGGAUUUGAAGGGCUCGAUUGUUAACCUGGAAAUUGAAAAUGAAAAAGUUCGCAAAGUUCCACAUUCUGUCAUUGCUCCUCUAGCAGUAAGCGCUUCAAGAGGAGUGGCUUGUGUUUUUGCUGAAAGAAGACGAGCUCUGGUGUACAUAUUGGAAGAAGAUGAAGACGAAGAAAUCUCUGAUGACAAGUAAACCUCUUCCAGUGCCUGCUUUGAUUGCUUCUGUAGAUUAUUAUUUCUAAGUUAAGAGAAGAAACUUGACUACUUCAGUAAAACGGUGACGUUUUGUUAGUUGAUGACUUCUUCAAAAGUCUGUAUCAGUAUCUUCUUUUCACACUUAAGUCAUAAUUAAAGAGCGUUUACGCA